UUUCGAAUGAUAGAAAUCUAAUCUAAAAAUGCAAGCACAUGCAAAAGAAUCGAUUUGCAAGGAAACAUUCGCGAAGCUUUGUAAUAAAAUACAAUAUUUCGGCAGUAAUAGCAGUUUACAUGGUGUCGGAUAUGUGUGUUCUUUAUCUUUCAUACCGUUUUUUAAAAGAAUAUUCUGGCUAUCAAUCCUGAUCUUGUGUUGUCUGGGUGCGUCGUCAGUGCUGCAAGGCGCCCUGGGUUUAUAUUCUGGAGAUCUGGUUUCUUACUCCGUAGAAACCGACUACCUUAAGUGGGAGACCCCUUUCCCAGCCGUAACGGUCUGCGAAAACUACGAUGCCGUCAGAAUGAAGAGUGUUCUAACCCGGGAGAAGUUAUCAACAAACCUGGCGAUGUUUGUCAAGGAAACAUGCUUCUACAGCGUAAGCUACUGCGGAAGACUGUGCAGCACGUGCAAGCCUGGCAGCUGCAUGGCAGACUUCCAGCAGCUCACUCACAAACUGCGGCUCAACUGCUCACAACUGCUCACCGAUUGCUCGUGGGGCGGGGAGAACUUCUACUGCUGUGAUAGGUUUCUGCCCUUGGAGACUGAAUACGGGACGUGCUACACAUUCAACUCUCAGUUGACCAGCAAAGACAAGCAACUGCUAAAAAUCAGCAGAAGAGCUGGUCUGCCCGACUUGCUGUUUGCUACUCCAUAUUCUGUUCUGUUACGUCUGCACGCACCAGAUGAAGCAGUGUCAGCUUCAAUGGACAAUGUUCUUGGCCGCGUCAAUUCCCUUCUUACUCAGCCAACGGAUUUUGAGGCUAUUAUUAAGGCUGAGCAGACAGUAAGUGACGUAUCAAUGAGGAGUGUAGAGCAGUCAUUGCGCGGCUGCCUGUACCACCACGAGCGGCCUGCGUUCGCGCACCUCUGGCCUUUCACCGACUACACCUACAGCACCUGCAUCUAUUACUGCCGCGCCAUUGAGCAGAUGGAGCUCUGUAACUGUACUCACCAUUUUAUGCCUAAAUUAAAAGGCGUCGCUACCUGUGACAUCCAUGGAAUGUUUUGCCUAUACGAAAAUUCUAAAGAGCUAUUAACAGUGGAUUGCAAGUGUCCAAUGGGUUGUGAAGAGAUUUUGUACAAAGUCACGCAUAUAUUCAACGGCCAACGAGAUAAGAAGCAAGGAUCCCGAGUUCGUGUGCGCUUCGUCCAGCAGCCAUCAUUGCGAGUGCGGCGACAAACCAUACGGGGUGUACUGGGACUUGUCGUGGACAUAGGCGGCGUGGGUGGUGUUUUCUUCGGCGCUUCCCUGCUGAGUGUUGUGGAAAUAGUAUACCUGUUGUGCAUACGCAGAGGCUCUACAUAGAAUUCAGCUAAAGCAGUGGCUAAGAGAGAUGUUUUAGUGUUUGAAUGAAUUGUUGCAUCCUAAUAAAAACUUUCCGGGCAGUAAAAUGCCUGCCUAGUAAGAUGCCUACUCUCGUACUUGUUUACGUGUUUACUAGCUAGUAUGGUGUGAUGUAAUUGUUUGCAAUUUAUUAUUUCUUUGUAAGUUGCCUACCCUUUAUAAGUUAAGUUGAACAACUGAUUGCUAACUGAUGUUAAGAUUAUAUUUUGCGUUGAGACAAACCCAUGUCGGGUUUAACAAUGCUUCUUAGCGUUUAAGGUAUUAUGUUCAUGAAUUUCUUUGCAAUAA